AUAUAUCUUAUACUUUGUACAAGUUCAAUACAAUUUGAAAAAUAUUCAUUCGGUCAUAUCUUCUAUGACAAGUGCAUGAAUGAAGCUAAGGUAAAGCAUGAAAAGGGUAAAGCAUGCCAGACGAGAUGACCGUCCAGGGGGAGAUGUUGACGACAAGUCUUUUUCAAGAGAGUUUGGCAAGCAGACAAGCUAAUGCCUCUGCUUUGUCUUCUUACUGGGUCCUAAUGCCAGUGAACCAAGUAGGGGCCAACAGUUGUCACCCACCACAUAUAUGCUUCACUCGCAUCUCAAACUGCUUUUCUUCCUAUAAAAGGGCUUCAAAAUCUUCCACGGCCUUCCAAACUCAACAACAAAACUCAAACUUCUUACGCAUAUUACCAAAGAAAAAGUUUCAUUUCCUUCCACUGUUGAUAUAGCAGAAAGCUCGUUUUCAAUGAGGAAUAUGAAGGAUCGAUCAUGGCAAAGGUGUUCAAAGCAAAUUAGAGAGCAGCGGGCUAGGCUUUAUAUAAUAUGGAGAUGUACUGUGUUACUCUUGUGUUGGCAUGACUAGCUACCCUGCCUUAUGGUUUGGGGUUGGAUUGGAAUGGAUCCACACCCGCUUCAAUUCAAUCUGGAAUCUAAUUCUCUAUACAAUGCGAGGCUUGAGAGUUUUGGAUUUCAUGAAUUAUAGAAGAAAAAGCUGAUAAAAUUAACAUGUUAGUUCAAUUUUUGUAAAUAGUGAACUUGCUCGUCCGCUUCUAUAAAAUCUUCUCUUUCUCUGCCACUCCAAAGAAUAGAAAACCAGAGUUCCCACCACAGGUUUAUCUUG